AUGGCCAGGAGUGCAUCCCCUGCCAUCAUGCCCCAGCAGACCAAGCUUUCCCUGAUCAAGGCAGAAAUUGCAGUCCUCCAGGCCCACCUAGAGGACUGGAGGUCUGUCAAAGGUAAAGAGCGGCACCGCAUUUUGAAGGCUGUACACAAGGAAGCUUGCCUUCAAGCUCCCACUUGGGACAAAGCCUUAUUGAAAGCUCGAAAAAAGACUUACAAGGAGUGGUUGUACAACCAAUGCCGUAGGAAAGCCCCAAAGCCUCUCAUCAAAUAUGGCAAGAAAUGGACAGCUCACCAUACUGGAGAGAUGCCUGGGAGUGAGGCUAUGAUUGUCAAGUGGCCAGAGGCUACCAAGACUGUCCUCGCCGGUCUUUCAGCUGAAGAGAAGGGAGAGGCAAAUGUUCUUGCAGAUAAGUGGAACAACAAAGCUGCUCCAGCUGAAGUCCAGGCCAAUGUUGCUGAAACAAAAGGUGCUGAUAUCAUAGAGCAUUUCGCCACUGAAAUGUUCAAACAGGCGGGGAUGAGGGUCUUUGUGAUGUCGGCAUGGCGGGACAGCAGAGGCAAACUGAUGUUAGGAGCACAUGACCAUAAUGAUCAAUUUGGGGGAGCAGAAAGCUUCAUGAAGACAAGAAAUUGGGAUGAGAUAUUCAUGCCGGAAUGGCGGCAAUAUGCUGCAGAACAAUUCGAUGUCCAGGAUGAUGAUGUUCCACAGCUCCUUGACCUGGAGGAAGAUGAUGAUGGGUUGCCUAUGCUCCCAGAUACCAUGGUUGGUGGAUGUCUCAUUCACAGCAUUGACCGGUCUGAAGGUUUCACAGGGAUGUGCAUGGGAACCGACAAAGUCAAGGCGGCGCUGCCCUGGGGCAACUUGAUUAAGAAUCAAUCAGAUUUCUUCGAUGGCACUUACUGGCCGGUGGACGUACAGGUGGUGGAGCCAUCUAAGAUAAACAAAGCCAGUGCUACUGCUCUGUUGGAUUUCUGGUAUGAUCGGCAGAACAAGAAGCUCCAUCCCACCUUCUGUUUCAAAGCUUGGAGAGACACUGACGGCGAUAUGGAGCCGGCGGCCAAGUCUUAUCAGAAAGUCAUCCGCCAGGCGAGCUGCCACUGCAACAAGGCCCAUGAUGUCCCUAGUGAGGAAAGCUUGGAUGAAAGGGAGGACCGUCAGUCUUUCUUUGAUAAUGGAGAGGAAGCAUCAAUGUCCAACAAUGCCAGGGAACAAACACCGCCGGGAUUGAUAUUACAUUCCUCCACCAACUCAGCAGGAGCAAGGCAUACAAAGGCCCGUGUUACUGUAGAUAAGCCGCCUGCUUCAAGGGCUGCAAAGGCCACAAAGGCUGCAAAGGAAUUAACAUCAUUUGUACCGACCACACGUUCAGGGAAGCGGCGUGCCGCUGCGCCGAUCAGUGACACACCGGCCAAGAGAACCCGGAGCAAGGCAGCUAUAGUUGAAGCUCCAAAGCCAAGAAGGGGCAGGAAAUGA